AUGACUUCCAUCAUCUCACGACCAGUGGUGGCGAUCGCCGGUGCUACCGGCCACUUAGGAAGCCGUGUGGCAUCAGCCUUUCUCUCCUCCCCCUUCAACGAACAAUUCUCUGAUGUCAUCCUCCUCUCUCGAAACAAACCCUCACCAGAAUCAACUCCAAAAACCGGUGGGCGAUACACCACCCGAAAGUACGAUGAGGACAACCUUGUCGAUGCUCUCCGUGGAGUUCAAAUCCUCGUGAACACCGUCGGACCCUCCGGCCAUUCAUUCAAGGAGAAGCUACUACACGCCCUCCCACAUACCGACGUCCAAGUCUAUUUCCCCUCUGAAUUCGGCGUGGAUCACUAUGUCCAUGACUUCCCACAUUCAGAAUGGAAUACAAAGAAAGAGCAGUUCGCUCUGGCGCAGAAAUUGAUCCCCGACAGGAAGAUCUGUCGCGUCUUCUGUGGACUCUUUCUAGAGGAUAGUAUUGGACCGUGGUUUGGCUUUGAUACCAAGAAUGGCCGAUAUGAGAGUGUGGGAUCGGCUAGCUCGCCUAUCUCGUUUACAUCGCUCGAAGAUGUGGGCAAGGUAGUUGCUUCGCUGGCCACUCUGCCAAAGGAGAAGAUUCCCGACACUGUUCACGUCGGGGGGGAUACGCGCAGUUUCCAUGAAAUCUCCGAGAUUAUGAGAGAUGCUGGGGCUGGGCCGAUUGAAGUAUCUGAAGUUUCACUUCAAGAAUACAAGAAAGAAGUCACUUCUACAUCUUCAUGGGAUCCAGCACGGUAUCUACGGUUUUUGAUGGGUGAGAAUAAAAUCAACCAUAGUACUGGAGCGUUGGGGGAUGACAAUGAGCUUGUGAAUCCUAAUGGAGAGUUGUGGAAAUGGGAGAGUCUGACAGAUUUAGGUCGUGGGACUGGUGGGAAACCUUGGAAGGAUUUCCCCUAG